GCGCCCCCGGCCCCCGCUGAGCCCCGGGGGCCCCGCCGUGGCCGAGGCCAUGUUCCCCGUGUUCCCUUGCACGCUGCUGGCCCCCCCCUUCCCCGUGCUGGGCCUGGACUCCCGGGGGGUGGGCGGCCUCAUGAACUCCUUCCCGCCACCUCAGGGUCACGCCCAGAACCCCCUGCAGGUCGGGGCUGAGCUCCAGUCCCGCUUCUUUGCCUCCCAGGGCUGCGCCCAGAGUCCAUUCCAGGCCGCGCCGGCGCCCCCACCCACGCCCCAGCCCCCGGCGGCCGAGCCCCUCCAGGUGGACUUGCUCCCGGUUCUCGCCGCCGCCCAGGAGUCCGCCGCCGCCGCGGCCGCCGCCGCCGCUGCCGCCGCCGCCGCCGCCGUCGCUGCUGCGCCCCCGGCCCCGGCCGCCGCCUCCACAGUGGACACAGCGGCUCUAAAGCAGCCGCCGGCGCCCCCGCCGCCGCCCCCGCCGGUGUCGGCGCCCGCGGCCGAGGCCGCGCCCCCUGUUUCUGCCGCCAACAUCGCCGCAGCCGCGGCCACCGCCGUCGUAGCCCCAACCUCGACGGUCGCCGUGGCCCCGGUCGCCUCUGCCUUGGAGAAGAAAACAAAGAGCAAGGGGCCCUACAUCUGCGCUCUGUGCGCCAAGGAGUUCAAGAACGGCUACAAUCUCCGGAGGCACGAGGCCAUCCACACGGGAGCCAAGGCCGGCCGGGUCCCCUCGGGUGCUAUGAAGAUGCCCACCAUGGUGCCCCUGAGCCUCCUGAGCGUGCCCCAGCUGAGCGGCGCCGGCGGGGGAGGGGGCGAAGCGGGUGCGGGCGGCGGAGCGGCCGCCGUGGCCGCGGGCGGCGUGGUCACCACCACCGCCUCGGGCAAGCGCAUCCGGAAGAACCACGCCUGCGAGAUGUGCGGCAAGGCCUUCCGCGACGUGUACCACCUGAACCGACACAAGCUGUCGCACUCGGACGAGAAGCCCUACCAGUGCCCCGUGUGCCAGCAGCGCUUCAAGCGCAAGGACCGCAUGAGCUACCACGUGCGCUCACAUGACGGCGCUGUGCACAAGCCCUACAACUGCUCCCACUGUGGCAAGAGCUUCUCCCGGCCGGAUCACCUCAACAGUCACGUCAGACAAGUGCACUCAACAGAACGGCCCUUCAAGUGCGAGAAAUGUGAGGCAGCUUUUGCUACGAAGGACCGACUGCGGGCGCACACAGUGCGACACGAGGAGAAGGUGCCGUGUCACGUGUGUGGCAAGAUGCUGAGCUCGGCUUACAUUUCGGACCACAUGAAGGUGCACAGCCAGGGCCCUCACCAUGUCUGUGAGCUCUGCAACAAAGGUACCGGUGAGGUCUGUCCUAUGGCGGCGGCGGCGGCGGCGGCAGCGGCGGCGGCGGCAGCAGUGGCAGCCCCCCCCACAGCUGUGGGCUCCCUCUCGGGGGCUGAGGGGGUGCCUGUGAGCUCUCAGCCACUUCCCUCCCAGCCCUGGUGAGCUCCAAGUUGGUGGUCGGGAGAGUGGAAAGUGGAGGAAAGUCCCUUGGUACCGUCUCCUCUUCCCCCCUCUCUUCCUGCCAACUCCUCACUGCUUCCCCACCAACCAAGGAGCCUCCAGAAGGAAAGGAGGAAGAGGUGUUUCUUAGGGGAAUUCGCUAGGUUUUAACGAUUUGUUUCUCCUGCUCCUGUCUUCUCCCUAUCAGACCUGACCCCACACACACCUGUCCCCUUGGUUGUGUUGAAGCCCCCUGGACAGUGGGCAGGGGUGGCAGAGGACAGGAGCGGCCACUGCCCUCACCCCUUCUCCUCUCUGUAACCCCCUGCCCUGCCCUUACAGGGAUCUGUGAGCCUUCUCCUUGAUGGUCCUUGCGCUCCUCCUUCCACGGCCCCCAUACUGUCUGCUG